CGAUCGAGGCGGCGCGACGAUGAGAUCGCCGAAGCAGGGGAUGGAGGAUGACCUCCACCACCGCGCUACUCCGACGGCUGCGGCGGGGAGGCGGAAGGGCAGCGUGAACCGGGAGUGGCUGGUGGUGUCGGACUCCGGCAGGUCGUACCACGAGGAGGUGGGGAAGCACUCCAUCAUGCGGCGGACGGGGCUCCCAGCCCGCGACCUGCGGGUCCUCGAUCCUCUCCUCUCCUACCCGUCCACCAUCCUCGGCAGGGAGAGGGCCAUCGUCAUCAAUCUGGAGCAUAUCAAGGCCAUCAUCACCGCCACCGAGGUUCUCGUGCCCAACUCAAAGGACCCCUUGGUCGCCCCUUUUGUUCAGGAUCUCCAGUCCCGGGUCGCCGGUUCCUUCGGCGCCCCUCAGCAUGAGGCUGCAGAGACUAGUGAUUUGGAUGAGGAGGCUAUAAGAAGGUCUCCAUCAUGCUGGCCCUCGUUUCCUAGUCAAGGCAUGACAGCAACACAUGGAGCCGAUAUAUCUAAACACAAUGGUUCCUUGACUGGUGAUCUGCCAGAAGGCGGCCAUAGUCCUGGAUUAGACGUCAACGGCGAUGGGAGCACCAAGGUGCUCCCUUUUGAGUUCAGAGCACUUGAAGUCUGUCUUGAGUCUGCCUGCCGGUGCCUUGAGUCAGAGACACUAACCUUGGAACAAGAGGCAUAUCCAGCUUUAGAUGAAUUGACUUCAAAAAUCAGCACACUUAACCUUGAGCGUGUCAGGCAAAUCAAGAGUCGCUUGGUGGCAAUAUCUGGACGUGUGCAGAAGGUGAGGGAUGAACUUGAACAUUUACUGGAUGAUGACAUGGAUAUGGCUGAGAUGUACCUAACAGAUAAGCUUGCUAAUCAGCGAGUUGGUGAAAUUUCAUCAAGAGUUAACUUGGAGAAUGAUGCAUCUGAGCAGGAGGAUGAUGGGGAUGAUGAGUUCAGAGUUGAGACAGAUAGCAGCCAUGAAAGUUUAGGAGUCUUCAAGCCUAAUAUUGAGGAGUUAGAGAUGCUUUUGGAAGCUUACUUUGUGCAGAUUGAUGGCACUCUUAACAAGCUAUCUCAUUUGAGGGAGUAUGUGGAUGACACUGAAGACUAUAUCAACAUUAUGCUGGAUGAAAAGCAGAAUCAGCUGCUGCAAAUGGGAGUCAUGCUGAGCACUGCAACGGUGGUGACCACGGCUGGUGUCGUGGUUGUAGGUCUCUUCGGUAUGAACAUCGGCAUCGAUCUCUACAACGCGCCCUACCGCAAAUUCUGGGAGACGACUCUGGGCACCAUCAUCGGCUGCGUGAUCCUCUAUGUUCUAGCAAUUGGGUUUGGGAAGAAGAGUGGGCUGCUCCAGUGACAACAAGGUUUUGUUUCGGGUUGCAACCGAGAAGGUGCUCAACAAUCUCAAUCCUGAAUGAUGUUUCCCCGAAAGUUUUCUCCUUUGAAAUGGAGUACUGCAAAAGCCCUUAUUGACGACACUCCAAGCUCGACUUGAGUGCUUCUACCAUGGCAAAGCUAUACUUUUUUCGCCCUUAUUCUCUGGCUAACACAAUUCUGACAACAAUUUAGUAAUUUUUCAGUUAUUUAGAUUGUUGAGGAUUCAAAUAUAGGUUUCUGCAAAGUUGCUGUAACUCUUUUUUCUUAUAAAACUCUUCACACUAUUUCUUCUA